AUGUCAGUACCACUCACCAAAGAAAAGAAAAAGAGAUCAAGAGGAGGUUGUGUUAGUUGUAAAAAGCUUAAAAUAAAGUGUAACGAACAAAAGCCUAUUUGUGAAUACUGUCGAUAUACCAAAAGAACAUGUAUUUAUCCCAUCUUGGCACCCAUAAAAGGCUACAGAAGAAAGACAAGCAGAUCACCACAAGAGAGUAAAGACGAGAAAACAUCAACACCUCAUUCAUCCACAACUGCAAUCUCUCCAAUAUCAUCAUCGUCAACUUCUGAUAAACUCAACAAUUUAUAUGUUUCAAACAACGAGGUACCAGACAUAAAUCCCUACCAUUACGAUAAAUUAUCGCGUGACUUGGUAUUGACCAAUUCAACCAGUAUGCUAGGUAUAACUAGAUUUGAAUUGCGUCUACUACAGUUUUUUGAUCAAGAGUGUAUCAAUUUUUUUUCAUUCGGGGUAAACAAGAACAUACACAACACUUGGAAGUACAAAGUGCCCUAUCUCUUUUUAGAAAGUGAGUUGGUGAGGAAAAGUAUGUUUGCAUUAUCAGCAAUGGGCUUGCUGACAACGUUGGAUUUGGACGAACUACAAAGUAUUGACGCAGAUGAGGAUGAAAAGUCGUUAGUCAACAUUUACAAUACCAACGUGGACGAAUUGGACAAUAUUUUUGAAAAUACUACAAAAUAUUUUAUGGACACAAUAAGCAAGACCAAACACAUGAUAGGUUCAAUAGAAGAUGAUUCUAAUAUUGCCAGUUUUGACGAUCCAAAAUCUGCUAAGGAAUUACUUGUGUCAAGCAUUCUAGUAUUCUCGUAUUUGGGAGUGCAUCCACAUAGAUUGCUGCCAUUGAUUGAUUUUACACAGGAACGAGGAGACCUAAUUCAGAUAAGUAAGGGCAUUCGAUACACUAUAAUGAGUUGUGCUCCCACUAUUUUGAAAUCUGAUAUGAGCCCUCUUUUGUUCUUCCAUGGAAUUGAAAAAAUGCAAACGCCAACAUUUGAGAAAUGCCAAUAUCCCAUAAUUCAAGAUUUGAAAAAUGAUAUUGACGAAUUUGGUUCUGGCGAAGGGAGUUCAGAGAUUUCAGAAGAACUAUCAAUACUCAAAGAUGUAGUAGCAAGAUUAAUGAUGUGCAUAAAUGGAUGUAAAUUUUUCAAAUUCCCCAUACCACUAUUUCGUUUCUUGAUGUUAUUUGAUGAUCAUUUUCGAGAUUUGUUAUACAACAAGCAUAGACUCGCUUUACGAAUUUUAUAUGUCUAUUCCGCUUUGUGUUCAAUAUGUCGAUUUCAAUUUUUUGAUGAACGUAAUGUAUGGAAAGAUUAUAUGACUUGGUACAGGGGUUAUGCUGCUGAAAAUUUUGAUGGCUACAAAAAUGAAACGGAUGAAUAUUUGUAUUUUUUGGCAGCAAUUGAGCAUUUUCACUGGGACGAUUUUACGAACUUUGAUAAGUUUAAUCCUAAAGCAGAAUUUGAAAAGGUUAUACAGAGUGGUAAAUACAGAAAACAACUGCUACUUGUUGGUCAGAACCUGAACUGCUGA